GCAACUAUCGUUUUGCUAUCGGCGCUGAGCAACCCUGGUACACGUAUCGAAAGGUCUUCCAAUCAGAGUAACCCUGUUGUCACAGCUGCGAUUUUAGCUGAAAAAUUCUUUGGACUAAAAACGAUGGCCUCCAUUAACAAAUUGGCAAUUGUGAGCCGUGCACUAGCCACCGCCGCUGCUUCGACGAAGUCGGUGAAGCCUCCAUUGCAGUUGUUCGGUCUGGAGGCUCGCUAUGCCACCGCCUUGUACUCGGCUGCGACCAAAUUGAACACGCUGGACCAGGUGGAGAAGGAUCUGAUCGCUUUGCAGACGUCUCUCAAGACCGAUAAAAAGCUGCGCGAGAAUGUGACCAGCCCGAUCAUUAACAGGAAGGUCAUGGCCAUUGCCCUGAGGGAGGCAUCCGGCAAGCUUAACUUUGCCCCAGCUACGGCCAACAUUUUGGGUCUGCUGGCCGACAACGGUCGCUUGAAGAAGCUCGAUAACGUCAUCACCGCCUUCAGGACCAUCAUGGCUGCCCACCGUGGUGAGGUUGUCUGCGAAGUGGUUUCUGCCAAGCCUCUGGACUCAUCCCAGAGCAAGCAGUUGGAGGGCGCACUCAAGUCUUUCUUGAAGGACAACCAGUCGCUGAAGAUCACCUCUCGUGUGGAUCCUAGCAUCAUUGGUGGUUUGAUCGUUUCCAUCGGCGACAAGUACGUCGACAUGAGCAUUGCCACCAAAGUGAAGCUCUACACAGAUGUCAUGCAGACUCCUGCCUAGGCCUGUAAGGAUUAGCUCUUGAUUAAAUGCCAACAACCGAAGCGUUUGGAAUUCAUGCGGAAUUUGCGAAUAAACCACUCUUCACCCCCCAAA